GCAAGCGUCGUCAGGCAGGCCGGGUCAAUAUCAAUUGGGCAGGUAGGUACAGGGGGAGCAAGCGGAGAAUGGUCGGGGUCACAGGCCAGGUUCAGCAGGUAGCAAGCAGCGUAGUACAGAGGGUCAAGCAGAGGGAUGGUCAGGAAUCAGACAGGAACAGAGAGCAGGAACAGGAUACAGGGCCCAAGAGAAACACACACCAAGGCAGAGUCUGUGGGUCUGGCCAUCCCUUAAAUACCCCAGCAUAAUCAGUUCCAGGUGUUAGCUGGCUGCAAAGUUGAGUCUCUGAUUGCUGGGAGCACCCGCUGGCCAGCCCUGGUACUGCAGAUCAAAAGGCAGGUGAGUCCCACCAUUGCUGGCCAGUCCAUUCCUGACAAUGAGAUUU